GAGGCUUCAGAUGUCACGUGACCCUGCGACGUCCCACAGACCACUUCUAGGUUUCUCUAUAACUCUGCUAAAGCGCCGCCUUUCGAGUGACGUCAUUUCACCUGCGACUGCAAAGCCUGACAGGUGCCAUGCUGAUUCCUCUGUGUCCGCCCAUUGUUGGCAGAUACCUGGUGCCGCGGCGCUGCCUGUCCUCCUCUGCACUCUAUGAUGUGGUCGUAUCUGGUGGGGGGAUGGUUGGAACUGCAAUGGCCUGCGCCCUAGGUUCUCAUCCUCACCUGCGUCACAAGAGAAUCCUCCUGCUGGAAGCCGGACAGAGGAAGGUGUCGGAGCCGCUGCCGGAGCAGUUCAGCAACCGCGUCAGUUCCAUCACCCCGGGGUCUGCCACUCUCCUUGCCAGCUUUGGGGUUUGGGAUCACAUUGGUGCCAUGAGGUUAAAGCCCUACAAGAGAAUGCAGGUCUGGGAUGCCUGCUCUGAUGCACUCAUCACAUUUGAUAAAGAGGGGAUGGAGGACAUGGGGUACAUCGUAGAAAAUGACGUCAUCACAGCCGCCCUUACGUGUCUGCUGGACGCCAUAGGAGAGCAUGUGGAGGUUCGCUAUCGAGCCCGAGCUGUAGGCUACACCUGGCCAGCGCCAUACAGCAAUGGAGAGGGCAGCCCAUUCGUAGAGAUACAGCUGGCAGACGGACAGAGUUUGCACACAAGACUGGUGAUUGGUGCAGAUGGGCAGAACUCCUUGGUCCGAAGAUCAGCCGGCAUGAGGACUAUUCAGUGGAGCUACAAUCACGUUGCUGUGGUCGCAACCUUGCAGUUGUCUGAGGCGACUGACAACAAUGUGGCCUGGCAGAGGUUCCUCCCUAGUGGACCCAUCGCCCUGCUACCGCUGUCGGACACAUGGAGUUCCUUAGUCUGGUCCACAUCUCCAGAUCACGCCUCACAGCUUAUAAGGAUGGAUGAUGAGAGUUUUGUUGAUGCGGUGAAUUCAGCUUUUUGGAGCAGCGAGCACCAUUCGGAUUUUGUCUCCUCGGCUGGAUCUCUUUUGCACUCGGCUGUGUCCUUCAUGAGGCCUUCUGGUUCUUCUACCCGCCAGCUUCCUCCCAGUGUUUCCCACAUGGGACACAAGAGCAGGGCAUCUUUCCCGUUAGGGCUGGGUCACGCUACUGAAUACGUCCGCCAGCGUGUGGCUUUAAUCGGGGAUGCUGCACACAGAGUGCACCCUCUCGCUGGUCAGGGUGUGAAUAUGGGCUUUGGGGAUGUAGCCAGCCUGGUUCAUCAUCUGAGCAGAGCCGCGUUUGAUGGCCAAGACCUGGGAUCAACAAGGCAUCUUCUGGAGUAUGAGACAGAACGCCAGAGGCAAAACCUGCCUUUAAUGGCCACCAUUGACCUGUUGAAGAGGUUGUACAACACAAAGCAGCCACCAUUUGUGCUACUACGAACUCUGGGCCUUCAGGCCACAAAUGCACUGCCUCCACUAAAGGAACAGAUCAUGGAGUUUGCAAGUAAAUGACCGUUCUUGGAGCUUCUGUAAAUUAUUCAAAUUUUGUCAUUUCUUA